AUGGCCUUUGCCAUGGGCUGGCGAAAGCCAGACAAUGUCGCCGGGUCGUCCGCUCCCGCCAUCAUGAUUGGCAUCUUCGUCGCCUCCGGAGGUCUGCUGUUCGGAUAUGAUACGGGCACCAUCAACGGCAUCCUCGCCAUGAGCGCUUUCAAGGAACAAUUCUCGACCGGAUAUACCCGUAACGGGCACCCCUCCAUCUCCCCGACCCAGACAGCCAUCAUCGUCGCCAUCCUGAGCGCUGGGACCGUCGUCGGUGCCCUCCUCGCCGCACCCGUGGGUGACUAUUGGGGCCGGCGCAAGUCUCUGAUCGGCGCUGUCACUGCUUUCAACUUCGGCGUCAUAUUCCAGGUCUGCGCCCAGGCCAUACCUAUGCUCGUGGCCGGAAGAUUCUUCGCCGGCGUCGGUGUCGGAACCAUAUCUGUCCUUGUUCCCAUCUACCAAGCCGAGAUGGCUCCCAAGUGGAUACGAGGAACCUUGGUCUGCUUUUAUCAACUUUCCAUCACCAUUGGAUUACUUACAGCAUCCAUUGUCAAUAUGCUCACUGCUGAUAUGGAUGGGGCCGCUGCGUACCAGAUCCCCCUCGGUCUUCAGUUCACCUGGGCAGUGGUGUUGUCGCUUGGUCUCCUCGUCCUACCCGAAACACCUCGCUUUCUCAUCAAGCGAGGACUCAAAGACGCCGCUGCCGUCUCCCUCAGUCGGUUGCGACGGCUGGAUCGGCUACACCCAGCGUUGCUCGAGGAGUUGGCCGAGAUCGAGGCGAACCACGAAUACGAAUUAGCCCUGGGAUCCGCUACGUACAAGGACGUCAUCUUCGGAACACCGCACCUAGGACGGCGGACGCUCACCGGUUGCGGGCUUCAGAUGCUACAACAGUUGACCGGCGUCAACUUCAUAAUGUACUACGGAACGACCUUCUUUGUCGGUGCCGGCAUCCAGAACGCAUUCCUCAUCUCCUUGAUCAUCAAUAUCGUAAACACCAUCUCCACGAUUCCAGCGCUAUUUGUCAUCGAGACCUGGGGUCGCCGAAAGGUUCUGAUAUACGGUGCUGUUGCUAUGGCCAUCUGCCAGCUACUCAUUGCCAGCUUCUCUGCAGCCGUCGGGAAAUCGAUGCCCACGACCGCGAACCAGAUCCUCAUCAUCUUCGUCUGCAUCGACAUAUUCUUCUUUGCCGCCUCAUGGGGACCUGUGGCGUGGGUCAUCACAUCCGAAAUAUACCCAUUAAAAGUUCGAGCCAAGUCCAUAUCGAUAUCCACAGCCUCGAACUGGCUGUUGAACUUUGGAAUCUCCUACGGAAGUCCAUAUAUGGUAGAAGAGGGCGCGGGUUAUGCUGACAUGGGCACCCGAGUUUUCUUCGUGUGGGGUGCGUUUUGCGCUGUCGCGGCCGUUUUCGUCUGGGCCAUGGUCUACGAGACGAGCAAGAUCAGCCUCGAGCAAAUCGACGAGAUGUACGAAAGGGUGGCGUUCGCGUGGCAAAGCGCGCACUUCGAGCCGAGCUGGAGUUUCCAGCAGAUGCGCGACCUGGGCUACAGCGACAGCGGGGUGCCGGCGCAGGAGCAAGAGCUGGAGCCAACGACGACACAUCAGUCAGAUACGGUGUCAAGUAGCUCAGUGACGGGCGUCAACUCGUCCAACGCAGACGAGAACAAAACUGUCUCGCAAAUGGGUCAUGUUGACUUCAGCUACUAA